AGAUAUCAGCCCUCGCUCCAAAUCGGAGACCCAGACAUUGCAAGCGCUUCCGACACAUGGCUCUCAUGGGCUUGGCUCCUGCCGGUGCUCCACUAUGGCUGUUGUUCUCCAGCUGCCAUCUCUCGCCGCGAUGUCUUGUCCUUGCUCCAUCGGCUUCCCAAUGCGUGCAGCCAGCCACGGUGGGUGGAUGACGAUGAUGAUGAUUCCCUUUCCAGCGCAAUCCCCCCAUUGCGACGUUGAAACCAUGGUGAGGAUAAUAAGCUUAAAAGGAUAUCGCCUCCUCAGCCAUGGGACUUUAGAAUCUGAAACCAACGCUCUUCUUCCUUUGGGCCCAACGACCUCUUCGCCUCGAGCUCUCAGUCAAUUGGCUUGCUCCUUUCUUUUGGCCUUCUUCCUGCCAGGCGUCCAACUGUGGCCGUAUCCACUUGGUUCCUUUAGUCUUUUGAAGAUCCAAUCGUUUGCCAUUCCUUGGCUACUAUAUCGCAAACACCACUACUGCCAUGGCUGACGGACUCAACCAAGCUCGCGCCCUCCGAGUGGCAGAGCUCAUCAACGACUACCGGACUCUUCUCAUGCACAUCUCCCAACAGAAUGUCCAAGCCCCGGCAGAUGAGUUCAACGAAGAGGGGUAUAAAGUGAUUCGAGACGGUCUGGCUGCUGCGCAGGCUUUGAUGUCAUCCAACUACAACCCUUGCGCGACGCCAGCCCAUGCCGGCAACGUCGAGGUCGAGAAGGCGGAAUUGCGCAGAGUCAUCCUUGACGCUAGCGCCAGACGAUUCCAGGCGCAUCGCAUCUACUUGAAGGUCGCGGCCGCCAGACGAUGGGUCAUCAACCGCCAAAACAUUCUGCGUGGACAGCGGCCGGGACCGCAGCACGCGGCUCAGUUGAAGAACGCCAGCAAUACGUUCCAUGCGGAACUGGCUCAAGUGACCGAACAGCACGUGGUGGCUGAUCUCCGGGCAGCCGACACGCGGGCAGGUCAUUGGCUCAACGACGACCCUUCUCUGCCUACAAUCCUUCAAUGGAUUCGGUCUCACCCAUGAGAUUUUUUUACGUCAAAGCCUGCGACAGAGCAGCGAGUUUGAGUGGUGUAUGGAUACGAUGAUGCCGUUAAUCACGGGACUACAGUACCGGUUGGAAAGCGUCCACUGGAUGCAUGUUUGUCUAUUGUUGCUCGGCGCUGGUCGCUUGCAAUCGAUGGGUUUCGAGAAGGAAAAGCUGUCUUGUGUGGAAUGUUUGGGUUUACCCUUUUUUUCGUGGUUUUCAGUUUUUUUCUUGUCGUGUUUUGAGUAUGUGUUGACGGUUUAUGAUAUCCCUGGAUGUGAUGCUUUACGCUAGACGUG